AGUGAUUGAUGGCGUCGGGACGCACGUGCUCGUAACUUCGCCCGGGCGGUCACCAUGAAAGUAAACGAGAAUGCCCCGAAAUACGCAACCGGGGCUCGCAUCGGUGGCAUCAUCGGGAUUCUCCUCAGGUGGAAGGGGAGCAUUUACAAGCUGAUCGGGUUGGACAUCGUCAUCUGGCUCGUCGCCUAUUAUUCAUUUUAUUGUCUUUAUAACUUUGGACUGGUGGGGGAUCAGAGGACGGGAUUCCACAAGGUGGUGCUUUACUGCCGGGACUUCAACAAGAACAUCCCGCUCACGUUCGUCCUUGGUUUCUACGUUACCACGGUCCUCACCCGAUGGUGGGGCCUCUGGAAUUCCCUGCCGUGGCCGGAUGACGUCAUUCACUAUCUCACCACCUACCUCAAUGGACAGGUAAAACGAAUGGAUUUUUUCGGCUAG